CACACGUACACACACACGUACACACACGUUUGGUGGGAAAAUGAGUUUGCUCGUGGCCACAGUUGUGUCCUGAUUGAAAGAAGUGAUAUAUGAACAGGUGAGUUGUUGUUGAGCGACCAGAGAAAGCGGUGAACACUGAACAGUGAGGAAUCGAGAAGAUGCCAGAAAUCAAGAUCAAACACGUUGUGUCUUGCAGCACCGAGGACACUACUCACAAAGCAGACAACCUGCUGAGCUCUGACACCUACAGGAAGUGGAAAGCAGCAAAACCCGGCGAGAAGCAGACAUCAGUCAUUCUGCAGUUGGAGAAGGAGGAGCAGGUGCAUAGCAUUGACUUAGGAAAUGAAGGUUCAGCUUUUGUGGAGGUUCUAGUUGGAAAUUCCUCUUCUGUCAGAGACCAGGAUUAUGAGGUUCUUCUAGUAACAUCAUCCUUUAUGUCCCCAACGGAAAGCCGUAAUGGCACCAACAUGAACCGAGUGCGUUUCUUUGGGCCUAACCAGCUGCAGAAGAGCACAUCACAGGAGAAGUGGGACAGAGUGAAAAUUGUAUGUAGCCAGCCAUAUAGCAAGAACAUUGCAUAUGGACUGGCUUUUGUGAAGUUCCAUUCACCACCGGACAAAAAUGACCCUCCUCCAACAACUCCCCCAAAGCUGACAAAGCUGGGACAGUUCAGGGUGAAGGAUGAGUCUCCUUCUUCUGGACCCAGUCUUCAGCCUGGCAGUCUCUUUUUCAGUCGGGACGUUACAACAAAACCGAGCACUUCACUUAAAGUGUCUCCACAGAGUGACAAGCUGAGUUAUGCUGCUGCUGCCCUGCAGUCUGGUGGAACCUCCCACUCAUCAAGCCAAGCUUCCUCUUCAACCUCUGCCACACCACCACAGCAACCAGCAAAAAGAAAAUUUGAGUUCAGCAAAGAACGUCUGUCUACUGGUUCUCCGUCCUUGAAAAAAAUGAGUCCUGCUGGCUCACCAGAGGCCAAAGCUGCAAACCCCAGAGAUAAGCCAAGUUCAUCCAGCACCUCCAGUUCCACUGCUGAAAAAGCUUCUCUGGCACAGAAGUCUUCUGACAAGAAGAGGGAGAGUCAGUCAACACCCAAACAAGCAAAAUCCCCGGUCACACAGCAGGUCCCAUUCAAGCAGAUCAUGCAGGGGGUGGUGUUUGUCCUCAGUGGCUUCCAAAACCCUUUUCGAGGGGACCUGAGGGACAAGGCUGUGGAUAUGGGAGCCAAGUACCGACCUGACUGGACACCAGACUCCACACACCUCAUCUGUGCCUUUGCUAACACCCCCAAGUACAGCCAAGUGAAGUCAGCAGGGGGCAUUAUCGUACGGAAGGAAUGGGUGUUGGACUGUCAUAAGAGAAAGCAGAAGAUCUCCCAUAAACGGUAUUUGAUGGAUGGAGCAGAGUCGAGCUCAGAGAGCGAAAUGGAAGUGGAUGAUGGGAGUGAAGAGGAAACAAACACAAAGAGUCUGCAAAAGAGUGCGACACAAGUGGCCUCCCCAAAAACACCAGAGAACAGGAAGGAAGAUGAUGAAUAUGCUGGCUCCACUGAUGUGGACCAACCAGGUGAUGAUGAUGAUGAUGAUGAAGAAGAUGAAUCUGCUGUGGACACUGAGGACGAGCUGCAGAGAGUGGAGAAGGACAACAGACAGAAAAGACCAGCAGAAUUGAAGAUGAUGAAAGAGGAGGAUCUGUACCUGGGGUCGACGGACGAAAACACAGAUGCUGAGGCUGAAGAGGAUCAACCCAUUCCUGAGCUUCCAGACUUCCUGAGUGGAAGACACUUUUUCCUCUACGGUAAAUUUCCUCACAAUGAAAGACGGCUUCUGCUGCGAUACAUCGCUGCCUUUGAUGGAAUGAUUGAAGACUACAUGACAGAGAAGGUGCAGUUCGUGGUGACCAGUGAAGGCUGGCACGACUCUUUUGAAGACGCACUGAUGGAGAAUGGUAAUCUGAACUUUGUCAAACCCGCAUGGAUUUAUGCGAUCAACGAACGACAGAAGAUGCUGCCCUACCAACCCUACACUGUCGUCCCCUGAACCACAGAGAGGUGUGUGCAGGAAAAGACCGAGACAUUCUCCCUUUCCUUCCAAAAUGUGUUGUUUGACGUUGAACAAGCAAUAAAACAAUUGUAGUUAGAGAAUAUUUUUGUUUGUGUUCAUGAAAUGCAUUCUCUCUUUUUUCAUAAUGUUUUUUGUCUUUUGGUCGAGGAAGGAAAGUGUGUGUGUGUGUGUGUGUGUGAUAUCAUUAGAGUUUUAUUCUAAACUCUUCUGUGUUGUUAAACUAGUUAAACUGAUAGUGUGUGAUUAUGGACUGGAUUGGCUGAGAGUAGGAUGUAGAAUAUGCAUUAAUAAAAAAACACAUGGAAAUAUAGAACUAGUUUACUUAACUAACGUAUGUUAAGUCUCUUAUGACUUUGUUUUUAUUUUUUAAAUAAAAAGACUUUUAAUUCACUAAUAACUCUG